AAAAUUGUUUGCUUGAGAUUCCUUGGAAUGAUAUUGUGCAGAUGAGAAGAGGAUGAGCCGAAGUUCCUUACACAGUGCAUUGGAUAAAACGAGAAGAGGGAACAGAGGCGUCUGUUUCAAGUCGCUUUCGUGCAAUUGAGGAUCUUCAUCAUCAUAUCUUUCUCCAGGCGUCACUAUAACCCAUCUGCCCCACAGCUCCAUCCAAAUCUCAGGGAAUAUUGUACUGUGUUCAUAAUCUGUGGUCCUCGUUUCAAGUAUUUGAUUCCAUUAAAAAAUCUCACAUCCUUCUAUAAUCUAUACAUGACAUGAAACAGAGAUCCUUAUCACCAAAAGCCAAAAGGCCUGCCAUAGCAACGUGCUUCUUCUUCUUCUUGUCACGACCGCCAAAAUGACGACGAAGCAAUCCAACCCAGCAGAUGUGUUCUCCUCUGAGAGCUGGUUGGACGAUGCCUGCAUUCUCGACAUCGACUUCUUCGUGAAAACUCUCUCAGGCGUUAAAUCAAAAGGCGUGUGUCCAGACCUAAUCGGCUCCAUUAUCACUCACUACGCCUCUAAAUGGCUCCCCGAAGUCUCUUCAAUCGACGUCGCGGAACGCAGCCUCACCCAAUUCCAAGAAUCCCCCGAAAGAGUCGCCGUUUCGUGGAUGAAGAAGCGCUUCUUCGUCGAAACCCUAUUGGGUGUUCUGCCUCCGGAGAGAAACUCGAUCCCCUGCAAUUUCCUGCUUCGCCUCCUCAGAACAGCCAACAUGGUGGGCGUUGAGGCCGCGCAUAGAUCGGAGCUUGAGAUGAGGAUUUCGUGGCAGCUGGACGAGGCAUCGUUGAAGGAGCUAAUGAUUCCUUCUUUCAAUCACACUUGUGACACAUUGUUGGAUGUAGAGCUUGCGAUUAGGUUGGUGAAUGGGUUCGUGAGUUUGGAUCGCGAAGGUGCUAAGAGUGGUGCUGCUUUGGUUAAGGUGGCUAAGUUAGUGGACUCGUACCUGGCCGAGGCCGCCAUUGAUGCCAAUUUGAGCUUGUCUGAGUUCGUUGCGCUUGCAGGAGCUCUUCCUACGCAUGCAAGAGCUACAGACGAUGGAUUGUACAGAGCCAUUGACACUUACCUUAAAGCGCAUCCAGGAGUAUCGAAGCAAGAAAGGAAGGUCAUGUGUAGACUGAUAGAUAGCGCCAAACUCACGCUCGAGGCGUCGCUUCACGCUGCUCAAAACGAACGCUUGCCGGUCCGAGCAGUCUUACAGGUUCUCUUCUCCGAGCAGACCAAACUGAAUCGCCAGCUGGAGCCGGAGCCGCCCGCGAGGUGCGUGUCGAGGCGAGAGACCUUGGGGCAACAGGUGAAGGAGAUAAAGAAGCUGAAGGAAGAUGUGGUGAGGCUGCAAGGACAGUGCAACGCGAUGCAGGCUCAGAUGGAAAGCAUGGCAGAGAAGAAGAAGCUGGGAUUCUUCAGGUGGAAGAAGCUAGUGUCGGUGCCUACCUCCGCCGCCGCCACUGCCGCAGGUGGCGGUGGCUUAAGUAAGAGUGUGGAGAUGAGCAACACUGAAGAUGAUAACGACGAUAAUGGUGUUGUUGGGCUUCGGAGACAAGCGCCCAUGGAGGUAAGGACGAGGAUGGUCGAAGGUCAGACUCGUCAUCCCAGGUGGAGGAGAUCCAUGUCCUGAAUCAUUGCUGAAUAGACUGUACAGGACUAGAGUCGUAGUGUUAUUAUUGCAAAAUAGUCCAGGCCAUAGCUAUACAUGUAAUCGUCCUUUUUAGGCCAAAGCUGUAUAUGUAAUCUGAUUUCUUUGAGUCAAACAUACCAAGCUUGUACUGUUACUAAUGUUGAGACUUAACUGCACCAAGGUUGCCUUCUCUCCA